AUGACGACGGGACAGAAAAUCCCGCAAAUGAGCGGAACCAUAGGAGACAUUCAGCAAGGAAUUCAGACCAUCCAAAUGACCUUAGGACAGAUUAUUCAGCACCAGACAAAUUUGGAGCAAAGACUAACUGCCUUAGAAACUAACGCUAGUUCUCAGUUCACUAACCUAGUCCAGCAAGAAAUCCAAGAAUUUAAGAACAGUCAGCAAAAGCAACAAGCCCAAAUUAUUGACCUGUUAAAGGAACAAAAACAAUUAUUACAACAAAUAUUAACUAAAUAUGGCAAUUAA